AUGAAACCUACCGGAGGAGGAGAUGGCGGAGUCGCCGAAGUCAGAGAUGGAGUAGAUGCGGUGAAGGUGGCGGAGGUGGAUGGUUCGGCGCUAGUAAUCGUCGGCGUAAAGCCGGACGAAUGGAGCCGAGAGGUGCUUACAUGGUCCUUGGUGAAUGUGGCGCGUCCUGGAGAUCGAAUCGUUGCUCUUCACGUUCUCGACUAUUCUCUUGAGGGAACAACGUCGCUUGUUUCGCUGGUUAGGAAUUUCGACACUAUGCUUGGUGUAUAUGAAAGCUUCUGCAAUUUAAAACAGGUGGAUUUAAAGUUGAAGGUUUUCAGAGGGAAGUCAGCUAGGAAAGUUCUUGUACAGGAAGUGAAAUCCACUGGAGCAACAAGUUUAAUCGUUGGUUCCUCUAGGAGACAUCACACGAUCCGUUCAUCAGCUUCCUUAGCCAAGUAUUGUGCUAGGAAUCUUGCCAAAGAUGUCUCAGUUUUUGCUGUUAAAAGUGGCAAAAUUAUGUUCCGCAGAGUACCUAGUAACAAUGGUGGAGAUGGUCCACACAUGAAUCUUCCUUCUUUAGUUUGUGGAUCACCCAACAUUGCUAUUGAAGCGUCAAAGAUUGUAAACAGUUUUAGUCCUGCAAGAACGAGCUCACGCUGGACGAGAACUAGUCGCACUUCAUCGUUACAGUCUCCCGAGAGCUUAGGUGUAGACAAUUCAUUGGCUUUAGUGCCAAUACAAACAAAUGAGAGUGAUUCAGGUUCGCUUGAGGCAGGACCAGGUUGGCAUUUUCUUCGGGGGUUUUACUCUAAUCGAAAAAGCUGGACCAAAGUUUCUGCAAAGAAGGCUGUGCUUCAGUGGGUUUCGAGGCUGCGAGGUCGGAAUUCAGCAGCUGUAGCAUAUCUGGAUAAGAAACGGAGUGAUUCUGGUUGUGAUGAAGAUUGCUCUUCUAGCAUCGACGGUGAAGAGGUUUCCAUUUCACGAUCCGGUUCUGAGCUUAUGCAGUCUCCCCUUUCUCCCUUCACUGGGUCAAACAACAUUCCGGAAGAGCUGGAGGGUCUACAUGAAAAAUACUCUUCCACAUGUAGAUUGUUCACAUACGAGGAAGUCUUGUCAAUUACCUCAAACUUUGCAUCCGAGAACUUGAUUGGAGAAGGUGGUAAUAGUUAUGUUUAUAGAGGAGACCUACCAGAUGGCAGGGAAUUGGCUGUCAAAAUAUUGAAGCCUUGUCUCGAUGUGUUGAAGGAAUUUAUAUUGGAAAUCGAGGUCAUUACAAGUGUUCAUCACAAGAACAUAGUAUCUCUCUUUGGUUUCUGUUUUGAGAAUAAUAAUUUGAUGCUGGUGUACGACUAUCUACCACGAGGAAGCCUUGAAGAGAAUCUUCAUGGUAGUAGAAAGGAUGCAACCACUUUUGGCUGGCUGGAGAGAUAUAAAGUCGCAGUGGGUGUUGCUGAGGCACUGGACUAUCUACAUAACGGUCAUGAUCCAGAUGUGAUUCACCGGGAUGUGAAAUCGUCCAAUGUUCUCCUAGCAGAUGAUUUUGAGCCACAGCUGUCAGAUUUCGGAUUUGCCAGCCUGGCUUCAGGUGCUUCACAGCACGUGUCAUGUGGAGGAAUUGCCGGGACAUUUGGUUACUUAGCACCAGAGUACUUCAUGCACGGUAAAGUAACCGACAAGAUUGAUGUCUAUGCUUUUGGUGUUGUAUUGCUCGAGCUCCUAUCGGGUAGAAAACCAAUCUGCGUUGACCAAUCUAAAGGCCAGGAGAGCCUUGUCUUGUGGGCAAACCCAAUUCUAGAGAGUGGAAAGUUUGCUCAGUUACUGGAUCCAAGUCUAGAAGCUGAUAACAAUAACGAUCUAAUCGAGAAACUAUUGUUAGCUGCCACGCUAUGCAUCAAACGCACACCUUGUGACCGUCCACAAAUAGGCCUCGUCCUAAAUAUAUUACAAGGGGACGAAGAAGCAACAGAGUGGGGAAAGCAACAAGUGAGAGCCUCAGAAGACGAAACCACGUACUUGACAAACAUAGAGUCACACAUAAACCUUGCAUUGCUUGAUUUGGAGGAUGAUGCAGCUUCUGAUAGUAGCCCUGAAGCCAGUAGUAUCUCUGUCGAGGAUUACUUGAAAGGGCGAUGGAGCCGCACUGCUAGCUUCAACUUCAACUAA